CGGCACCCGCCGCCACCGCUGGGCCCCCGCGUCCCGCCCCUGCCCGACCGAGGGGAGGGGGGCGGCGCAGGGCCUCCCCCGCCUCGCCGAGGCCCUGCCGGCGCCUCCCGCCGCGGAUGUGAUCUUCGUGGUGAGCUGGUGGGAAAACUGAGUUGUAAAUCACCCCAAUGGAUGCAGACAGUGAUGUUGCACUGGACAUUUUAAUCACAAACGUAGUGUGUGUUUUUAGAACAAGAUGUCAUUUAAACUUGAGGAAGAUCGCGUUAGAGGGAGCAAAUGUGAUAUACAAGCGUGAUGUUGGGAAGGUUUUAAUGAAGCUUCGGAAACCUAGGAUUACGGCCACAAUUUGGUCCUCAGGAAAAGUUAUUUGCACAGGAGCCACAAGUGAAGAAGAAGCUAAAUUUGGUGCCAGACGAUUAGCUCGUAGUCUACAGAAAUUAGGUUUUCAGGUAAUUUUCACAGAUUUUAAAGUUGUGAAUGUUUUAGCAGUGUGCAACAUGCCCUUUGAGAUCAGAUUGCCGGAAUUUACGAAGAAUAACAGACCUCAUGCGAGUUAUGAACCAGAACUUCAUCCUGCCGUGUGUUACAGAAUAAAAUCUCUCAGAGCUACCUUACAGAUUUUUUCCACAGGCAGUAUCACAGUUACAGGGCCAAACGUAAAGGCUGUUGCCAGUGCUGUGGAACAGAUUUACCCAUUCGUGUUUGAAAGCAGGAAAUAAAUUUUAUAACUCACCACUUGAUGGUUAGGUUCCCUAACCGAGCACCUUUAAAGACUGCUGCACAUUGGACUAAAAGCAAAAAGGAAAACUGGACCAACCAUAGCAGAGGAAUACGGACUCUUUUACUUGCUCAUGGCCACAGUAUAGACUCCAGUUCUUUUGGAUUUUACUCUUAACAGUGCUGUAUUGUAAAAACGGAAGUUUACAAGAUAUGAAAUUGCUGCUUUUAAAAAGACGUUCUAUUUAUUUUUGCAGUAAUUUCAGUGUAUUCAUAAGCAAAGCUGUCACGAUGUGCACUACCUUUAAGACUUUUUUUUUUUUAGCUUGAGCUUGUGUUUUGUUUGUGAAUAGUCUUUUACAUUUUUGUAUGCUGAAUAUUGGGCACCAAAGAAGCUGUAAAAGUUACCUUUUUCACCUGAUGAAUGUGCACAAAUAAAAGUUUGGAAAAUAUUUCUCUUCAUACCUGUUCUGUUAUAUUCCUUCCCUUUUUCUAUUACAGUUAAAAUUGUAUAGUUGCAAAUUAAUUUGAAGAAAUGUAAGAAUAGUCUUUUGCUGAUACCUUCUGUUUCUAUUUGUAGUAUGUGUAAAACUUUGUGUGUGGGUUAGAUUGAAAUCUAUAGUAGUUGUGUAUGUUUAUCCAAGGAUGAAAUUUGGUUUGUUCACAGUUCCCUUAACUACAUGCCAGACUUCAAGUAUUUUCUUGUUGUUACAUGAAGAGAAGACAUUUCUAAAUGUAAAGGUCCUUCAGCAAGUGUUUUCCUAUAGAUGAAUCAUAGAUUAUGCUGAGUUGGGAGGGACCCAUCAGGAUCAUCGAGUCCAACUCCUGGCCCUGCACAGGACGCUCCAAGAAUCACACCACGUGCCUGAGAGCAUUGUCCAAAUGCUUCUUGAACUCUGUCAGGCUUGGUGCUGUGACCACUUUCCUGGGGAGCCUGUUCCAGAGCCCAACCACCCUCUGGGUGAACCUUUACCUCCCCUGACUCAGCUUCAUGCCGUUUCCUCGAGUCCUGGCACUGGUCAUGGGAGUGAAGAGAUCUGUACUUGUCCCUCUGCUUCCCCUUGUGAGGAUGCUGAAGACCACAAUGAGGUCUCCCCUCAGUCUCUUCCAGGCUGAACAACCCAAGUGACCUCAGCUGCUCCUCAUAAGGCUUCCCCUCCAGACCCUUCACCAUCAUCAUGACCCUCCUUUGGACGCUCUCUGAUAGCUUAAUUACCUUUUCAACUUAAGCUACUGUAGAAAAAACAACUGCCUUUUCCACCUACUCGAUGCAAAAGGAAAAAACUUAAGAUGUGAGCUUUGGGUUUCAGGAAAGUGUUGUGCUUCAGCUGGAGAUGAUGAUACAGUCAUGCUAAUCCAGCCCCAGCUUGUUGCUGAACAAUUAACACAGACCUUUUCUACACUGUUCUUACUGUAUAAUAUUUUGAUGACAGGAGCUGCCAACAAGCAAUGAAGCUUGAUUUUGGCAUGUAUUAUUAGUGGUAUUAAUCUUGGACUUGGAAGCCAGUAAAUGUUUCUCUCAAUAAGUGCACAUUUGAAGCAGAAGAGAGGUGAAUGCUUAAAAGUAACUGCAAAUGCUACUUUUAAAAAGCUACAAUAAAUAUGUAUAAAUGUA